GUGUCAGUGAGUGAAGUGAUUUGGGUCAGAUCACCACUGGUUAUCAUAUUGAGAGCAUCUCAUUUUCUUGAAGAAAAUUGAAGAUUGAACAAGACAACGAUUGUUUCACCAGCUGAACUGUCAGUCAACGCAAAAGGAGCUUCAGAUAGAAUCAUAGUCAUUCUUCUGGGAGUUUAACCAUGAAGCAUAGAGCAUACAAUUUGUCUGCGAACAUGGAUCCGAUGGCACAGCUGGAUGCCUUUCUGGAUGAGUUUGAGUUCAGCUACUUGCUUGACUCUAUCCAGGAUGAUCUUGACUCACAAAGCCCUACAACAACAACUACACCUCUUCCUCCAUUUAUUCCUGCUGAGCAGGAAUUCAAUAUCCACUCUCAGUUUGUGGAUAGUCUGAUCGGAGGACAUGAUGGGUUCACCUCUCUGGGAGCAGCUCCGCCCAGCGUCGAGCAGCCAAGUUACCUGUACGGUCCGGCAGGUGAAUGUAACCCGGGGCAAAAAGUCAAUAUCCACCCUCAGCUUGUGAAAAGUCUGAGCCGAGGAUGCGAUGGGUUCAACCUCCCGGGGGCUGCUCCGCACAGCGUUAAGCAGCAAACUCACCUGUACAGUCCGGCAGGUGAAUCUAACCAAGGACAAGCAUCCAAUAACUACCCUCAGCUUGUGGAAAGGCAGAGUGGAGGCCAUGGUGAAUUCACACCUAUGGGAGCAGCUCCACGCAGCUUUGAGCAGCCAAAUCCAUGUAUGGCUACUACUAGUCUGAAUGUUAGACAGGCUGCUCCUGCUAUUCAGGCAGGUCCCCUGCCCAUUCAGCCUUACAGCCAGGGACAGUAUAACAAUGUUCCAGUGCUGCACCUCCCAGAAGGCCUGCAACCUGUUGCAUACAUAAAUGGAGUGCCGGUGUACGAGUUUUCACCAGUUGUUUCUGCCCCACUGAGCAUCUCCAAAUCAAAAAAGAGAAAGCAGGACAAUCGGCCAUACAUCAAGAAGCCGGCAAAUGCUUUCAUGGUCUUCAUGAAGGAGCAAAGGCAAAAAUUUGCGGCCGAUUUGAAAGUCGGCGGGACUGCGAGGGUAAACAAGAUCCUGGGAGAGACAUGGAAGUCGCUGUCAAAAGAGGAGCAAGCCAAAUAUUAUGAAGAGGCAUAUAAAGAAAGAUGUCUCCAUGAGCAGCAACACCCCAACUGGACAACCAGUAACAAUUACGGCCAAAAGAGAAAGAGGGACAGGAGCAAGGCCGCCAGAAUGGCUGAAGCAUCUGCACGUACAUCUGCAGCCUUCCCUCAGCAAGCCGAGAAGCUGUGUGUGACACCAGCACACGCGGGUGUGAUGGAGGCUCCGCACCUGACACCGCAUCCUCACCCUCAGACUCCAGUCACCGGGAAUGUGGACAACAUGUGUCCGCUGCCAGAAGUGGCAUCCACAGCGGUAGUCUCCCCCGCUGCGCCGGUUGACACAGAAACGGAGUCCUGCUUGUUUGGGAUCAGUGAUUCAGUGAUGCGUGAGAUAUUUGGGCUUCUUGAUAUGGUUUAUUCUCCCCCCCCCCCACCGUCCAUUGCCACCCCCUCCUCUCUAAACACAGACAUCUGUACUGUCCAUGAUGGACAAACAGAUGUGUAAACAACAGGUUGAGAGUGAGGUAGAGUUACAAAUAAAUUGUUUACUUUA